GUGAUGACUUAGCUAUUACACCCAGUGAAGAGGAUUCAUUGGUGCAUUAAGUUUGACUGUGAGACCCUGGUCUACCAACCCUACCCCCACUUUACAAUAUAUGUUAUAAGACCUAAGAGCACUCAGAACUGACUUUGGGGAAAACUGUGCAGUUCAAAGUUUUUAACUUUUAAGAGUCUGGUCCAGAGGAUUAUAUCAUGUUGGGGGGUCUUUUCCAGUCCUCCACUUCUGUCCUGUUGGGGACCAUAGUGGGCUUGCUGGUCUUUUACUUUCUCUACUCCAGCUUCAGCUCACAAGAAAAAAGGAGCGAGCCUCCAGGGCCAAGCGCUUUGCCCCUGUUUGGCAACAUAUUGCAGUUUGAUUUGAAGAGACCUGACAAAACUCUCUGUGAGUUUGCAAAGAAAUAUGGAUCUGUAUUCCAAGUUUACUUUGGAACCUCCAAAGUGGUCGUCUUGGCAGGGUUCAAGACAAUCAAAGAGGCUCUGGUCAACUACUCAGAGGAGUUUGGAGACCGAGACAUCUCCCCUAUAUCAUAUGACUUAAACCAUGGCCAUGGAAUUCUUUUUGCAAAUGGAGAAUCAUGGAAAGAGUUGAGGCGUUUUUCCCUGACCACCCUGAGAGACUUCGGGAUGGGCAAAAGAUUAGCUGAGGAAAAAAUAUUGGAGGAAUGCCCUCAUCUGAUCCAAAUGUUUGAUGAAUAUAAAGGAAAACCCUUUGAUACUUCACGUCCUAUGAAUUAUGCUACAUCCAAUAUCAUCUCCUCUAUUGUGUAUGGAAGCAGAUUUGAAUAUGAUGACCAGCGAUUCCAAAACUUGGUGAAAAGAGCAAACGAGACCAUAUCUCUAACUGGUUCUCCAACAAUUCAGCUUUACAACAUGUUUCCAAGGCUGCUCAGCUGGGUCAAAAACAGGCAGCAGAUAUUAAGAAACAUUGAGGAUACUGCCCAAGACAUUAAAGUGUUGAUCAAAAGUAUUAAAGAAACACUCAACCCUCAAAUAUGCAGGGGGCUUCUGGACUGUUUUCUAAUUCGAAAGCAGAAAGAAGAGGACUCGUUUGUAAAGGACUCUCACUACAAUGAGACAAACUUGAUAUUUACUGUCGGCAACCUGUUUGCAGCUGGAACUGAUACCACAGCAACUACACUGAGAUGGGGUUUGCUGCUCAUGGUCAAAUAUCCACACAUACAAGAGAAGGUCCAUGAGGAGCUGGACAGGGUGUUGGGAAGCCGGGAGGUGCGGGUAGAUGACCGGAAACACAUGCCAUACAUUGACGCUGUCAUCCACGAGACACAAAGACUGGCCAGCAUUAUCCCCAUGAGUGUACCUCACAAAACCAGCCGAGACGUCACCUUCCAGGGAUACUUUAUCAAAAAGGGGACUAUUGUAUUUCCUCUGCUUACAUCUGUUCUAUAUGAUGAGAGUGAAUGGGAGAGCCCCUACACUUUCAACCCUUCCCACUUUCUGGAUGAGGAGGGUAAAUUCUUCAAGCCUGAUGCCUUCAUGCCAUUUUCUGCAGGUCGCAGGGUGUGUCUUGGAGAAGGUCUGGCCAAGAUGGAGCUCUUCCUUUUCUUUACUUCCCUCCUCCAGCGAUUCCGUCUUACUCCUCCACCUGGAGUUACAGAGGACGAACUGGAUCUGAGUCCAGGUGUUGGCUUCAUUGUCAACCCUAUACCUCAUCAGCUUUGUGCUGUCAGCAGAGAGGGAUUCUAAAAAUGUGUUAUCUUAUCAUUUCUCGCAAUGCUGAUUGGCUAUAUCUUGAAUGCCAAUCAGCAUUUAGAUUCCUAGACUACAUGAAACACAUUAAAUAUUAUCCAUCCAACCCCCUUUUAAAAAACAAGCAUUUUCAAACGUUUCUUCUCAUCUCAAAUAAUUCUCUUUCAGCUUGAUUCAAAUUCUAUUCCUUACCAACAAGGCUAAAGGAAAAAUCAUUCCACCUAUAUGGCUUUGUUUCAUCUCAUUGAUGAAACUACGGUACAUUUGCACUUGACGAUCAUAAAUUUACUUUCAGUAUCUAUUUACACUUUUCAAAAGCUUUUGGAUACAGUUGAUUUACAUGUGUUAUUGAAAACCAUUUUUUACGUGGUUCUCAUGAUGUUACUCACAAAUGGGUAAAAAUGAUCUUCUCAACAGAAGCCAGUUUGUUUCUGUUAAGGAUUGCAUUAUUUCUUAUCUAUAUUAAUGAUUUGUUUAAUAAGUCGCAUGUUCUUUCUCCAAUAAUGUUUGCAGAUGACACGACCCUUGUUCUUAUUCAAACUUUGAUUCGAUGGUUCAUAUUUAAUAAAUUAUCUUUGAAUAUAAAAAUAUCAUACUUUAUAAUUUUCACUGGCAAAAAAUUAUAUUCUAAGAAUUUGUCCAAUAUUGCAAUUGAUUCUGUUUAGAUACUCCAAGUAUCAACUACUAGAUUUGAUUGACUGGGUUAGCAGAAAAA